AUGGAACAGCCUGUGACGAUGUAUGCUCUUGUCGCCGAUCCUGAACGACAUAAGUCAGUUAUAAACCAUCUACCACCUUCUCAAUUGAAAGAAGCACGAACCCAACCAGUAACAAUGUAUACCCUUGAUACUUAUCAUCCGGUUGCUCCACAGCUACAGAAAUCCGAGCCUCGUAUCUUCUAUAUUGAGGGGAAUGAGAAACCAUUAGAUGAAUACCCACAUCCAAAACCGAUACCUGAGCUUUAUACUAUAAUUGGAAAUCCAACAAAAGUUGACGUUCAGAGUCCGAUACCAUAUCCCGAUAAAACACCAGUUGUAAAUAAUAUCGAGCCUUUCUUGUAUCCGCUCGUGGGAAAAUCUAUAUCGCCGAUUAUUGCUCAGGAAACACAACCAACGGUCUCGAAAGAUAUUGAACCCACGCUGUACUCCAUUAUGGGCAUACCUCUACAGCAAACUACGCAUGACGUACCAGUAGUGUUAAGGCAGAAGGAGCCAGUUUUGUACAGUAUUAGCGGUCAUUCUAAUGAAAUUCCAGAAACAACGGCACAGGAUAUAGGGCCGACGUUAUUCUCGGUUGUAAGCAAUCCUUCGUUAACAAAAACAACGGCACCUGUUGAACAGCCAGCUCACUCCAACGAAUCCGUUCUUUAUUCGAUCAUUGGACAACCUCGCUAUUCAUACAAUAUCAAAGACAACAAUUCUAAGCAUGUGCCACAUGUAUCAACUGAAGUUAUAUCAGAUAAAAGUACUACCCUCUACUCAAUCGUCGGUGCUCAUUCUUUAACUCAUUCGUCACCACCACCAUUGAAACUGUUUGAACCGGAAAAAGAAAGCUUAUCGCCAACGUUUUACAGUACAAUUGGUAGACCUCAACAAACUAGUCCAAUAAUACACUCAAAAAGUCAUUUGAAUGAUAAACAAAGUCCCGUACUUUAUUCCAUAGCGGGUCACACUGAAACACCAAUACAAAUUGAAAGAUAUGUCAAAGAACCAGAAACGCAAGAGCAUAAUCAUAGUCAUCAUUACCAGCGUGAGCCAACGCAAGUAAAUUUACCUCCUCUUACCUACGCCAUAGUUGGCGAGGCUAAAAUGCCUGUGGCCACCGUUAGAAAUCAUCAUUUAAAAGAAAAUAUUUCUAUGUAUACAAUUGUGGGAUCUCACCAAAAGCCUCUGCUAGAAAAUUUCAAUACUAUUCCACUGACAAGAAAACAACAGUCUGUACUUCAACCACAUAUUCUCGUCGAAAAUAAAAAUCCAAUACUUUAUAGAAUUGUUGGACAGCCUAAGGUACCGAUGUCUGUUCCACCAAAACCUGUAAAACAAACAAGACCCACUGGAGAAAGAGCAAGGUCUGAUCCACGAAAUACAACACUGCCGUCGAGACGAUAUGCGAGUGUUGAAACGAAGCCAUUAUAUAAGCAUCAAUCUGUUCAAAACUUUCAACGUAUAGAUGAGCCUAAAGAAAUCGUUUCCUAUUCUGUUACUGGUCAUAACCUUCCGAAAGAACCAGUCCGAAAAGUAGAAAAGAUAAUUAUUCCAUAUGAAAUAUACGAAAAAUCCCGACAACGGAACCCUGUUAUUCAACGCCAUGUGAUAGAAAAGCGUAAGGAACCACCAACUACAGUCGUAUAUAACGAACCAAAACCCAGAGAAGAAAAAAUGCCAAUAUACGAACAUCAUACACAAAAUGUAUUGUAUCCAAGAGACCGAAAUUAUGUAAUUCAGAGGUUGCCAGAACAAAAUUUAUCGCUGCCGAGAGUUAUACAGAGACCAACGAGAAGAACCGACCAUGGAUACGUUCGUCAAAGGAGACCCAGACCAAUUGAACGUUUUCCAAUCGAUACUCGACGACCAUGGAAUUAUGUGUCUGGUAUACGGGAUGAUGAUAGCAAUAGUGGAACAAUCAAUCAUAAAAAACCUCGUUAUGAUCGUGUAUCCCGACCACGUACACCGUGGUUGCCAGUCUGGCUUUAA